AUGACUUUUUGUUCAUUUUUUAUAGGUCCAUAUGAUCAAGCUAAAAAGCCAGUUUUGAAAAGUAUUGAAACAAUAUUUUUGAAGGAUGAUAUCUUUUUAUUUAGAGUGUCCAUUAGAACCCCGUAUCAAUUCAAUAGUAUUUUAUUUAACCAAAAAGAGAGAUUUGGUAUCGAGACAUUGGUAUCCGGUGAUACUUAUGAAGGUGUAUAUGAAUUCACAAUCCCCUCGGUCUUAAUUGCAAGUAUAAUGGUAUAUGAUAUUUAUAAUGGUAAAGUAGAAAUAACGACCAAUAAAAUAUUAUCAAUAAGCCCAAACUUUAUAUAUUUUGUUUCGCCAUAUAUCAUAAAAGAUUAUGUCACAAAUCAUAGACACUAUAAUGUAUUAUAUUUUAACUAUACAGAUAUCCCAAGAAACUCAAUUAUUUCAAUGAUUGACUAUAGUAUCGAAAGAUACCACCCAACAUUAGAUUUUAAAGAUAAUAUUGCCACUCCCUAUUUUCAUUCAACAUAUAACUACACCAUUCAAAUGUUUCAAAUAGAGUUUUAUAUUGAAGCAAACUCGCCAAUAGGAAAUUUUAAUUUUUUUUUGAACAACGAAAUAGUUUUUGUUACAAAAGAAUUAUUCUCAAAUAGAUUAAGAAUAAAAAAAUCCAAUAUGGAUUUACAAGGCCCAAUAUUUAAAGAAAUUAAAAAAAUAACAAGUAAUGAAAUCAAUAAUACAAAUAAGUUUGCCGAAAUUGGUUGGACUAUGGCUAUCGAAGACCCAAUUAAUGGCUUUAGAGAUGGUUUUGUAGUUAUCAAAGGUGAAAUAGAUCAAUCAAUAUACAACAUUUCAGUUUCAUUCAAUAAUGUUAAAAAUGGUGGAAAUAAAUUUUUAGGAGAAUAUGAUUUCAAAUUCAAUCUUACAUAUCCAUGUAUUUCUCAACAAUAUAUUAUCAGCGAAGUUGUAUUAACUGAUGUUGCAAAUAGAAAAUCUGUCUUCGCAAUAUUCCCAAGCUAUUUCCCAUCAUCUCUUAGAAGUGCUUCAAAUCCAUUUUUAUAUUUUUUAAAUGAUACAAAUAUAAAUACGAUUCAAGUUCAAUGUUCCAAUCAUCCAUCUGCCUCAGCCGACACUACUGCUCCAGUGUUAAAAUCAUUCAUCUCAUCAAAAACAACGAUAGAUGUCAGUGCAUUAGAUAGAAAUGUUACAUUUACUUUUGUUGCAGAAGAUUUAGAAAGUGGUCUAAAAGCAAAUCAAUAUCCAAUUGUUUAUCUUACAAUAUAUGUUGGUCAAUACAUUGAAUGCAAAUCGAGUAUUAUCGAAAUUACUCAGACUAAUGCAACUUAUUCAUGUACAAUUCAAUUACCAGUUGGAUUUGGCUAUUCCCAUCCUAACGUUAUUCUUCUUUCAGUUUAUGGCUUUAUAAACAACAAUGGAAUACUUAGCGGUUUUUCUACACAAGAUUUGAUUAACUUUAAUAAUGACAUGUUUCAUGACUCUUUAGAAGUAACCUAUAACUUUGCAAGUAACCAACCAAUUUUAAUAGACUAUUUAAUGAUAAAUGAUAAAGGUGGGGACUUAAUAGUAAGUGGUGUUAAAUUUAAUAGAAAUAUUGAUGUCUAUUUCAAUUUUAAAGAUGGCUCGGUCUCAACAGCCAAUAUUAAUGUGAUAUCAAGUACAAAAUUUAGAGUAUCUGAUGUUAAAGCAACAAAAGACCCUUAUCAAAUAUAUAUUAAAUCAUCAAAUAUAAAUUCAAAUACAAUUACAGUUACACCAGUAGUUUACGACUAUUAUCUUCAUGGCGAUCCAGAACCAACAUUCCCACCAACAGUCACACCAGUACCAACCAAUAAACCACAACAAUGCAAAGGUAACCCAACAUGUGGUGGUCCAACAAAUGGAAAAUGUAUCGCUAAUCAAGGAUGUGUUUGUUAUUCACCAUGGGUCGGUAUCGAUUGUCAAUCUCAAAUUGUAAUCAUUGAUCCACCAAUCUUUAAUAACGGAAGCAAUAACUCGACUUCUCCAUCAAUCGAUAUUGUUGUACCUGAUAAAAACAAUACCAAUGGAAAUAAUAACACAACACCAAUAACCUAUCACUCUUUGAUUUCCAUUGUGUCACUCAGAGAAAUAAAUAUUCAAAAUGAAGUUGUAAACACAAUAACAUUCAAAGAUGAUUGGCUAUCAAAACAAAUUGAUGAUUCAACAAUAAUUUUUUAUAAAGAAUUUACAAAAUCAACAACAGAUGCAACUACAAAUAUAACAGUAACUUUGAAAUGGUUCAAAAAUCAAACAACAAUUUCAUUUGCUCAAGAACAAUUAUUAAUGAACCCAUCAACACUUAAAUACACAAUCGAAAUAUCAAACUAUCCAUUCGAAAAUUCACUAAACCAAUUAGAACUUGUAAUGUCAGCAUCAAUGCAAUCAAAUACAACCGACGAUAUUUGUUCUGCAAAAGAAUUUGGAGAAACUACCAAUGGUGAUAAUUCAAACUAUUUAAAGAUCCAAGUCGACAACUAUUCGUUAUAUGGUAGAUUUAUCAGAAGAGGUAUUAUCGAUUCAACAAUUAGAACAAUUUCGAAUAUUUUAUUAGAUAAAGAUAUGAAUCCAAUUACAUCAUCAAAAUCAUUACAAUCAUAUAUAGGUAUUCAAAUUCCAUACUAUAAAGAAUCAGCAAUUAUCGACCCUGAUUUUUCAAUUCUCAUCGAUUCAAACAAAGCAUCGUCAAUAUGUUCAAACAAAUCAAAAUUAAGUGGUGCUAAAUUAGCAGGUAUUAUAAUAGGUUGUGUUGCAUUUAUUGCUGUUAUUACCAUCUCUAUUAUAUAUCACCUUAAAAAGAAAAAAAUGGCAAAGGAGUUCACAAAAGGCAUGAAUCAAAAAAUGAAACAAAUGAAUGAUAUAAAUAAAGAUAAUUUAUAA